GACUUGUACAGUUCUAAAGUAUGUGAAUUUUAAUCUCAGAAAUCCUUUCUUGUGAUGGUUCCUAAUGGGGCGCUAUGCUAGGGAACCUGAUAAUGCGACCAAAUCUUGUAAAGCUAGAGGUUCAAAUCUCCGUGUUCAUUUUAAGAACACGAGAGAAACAGCUCAAGCCAUAAAAAAAAUGACUUUAAGGAGAGCUGUUAAAUACCUUAAAAAUGUAAUUGAACACAAAGAAUGUGUACCCUUUAGAAGGUUUAAUGGUGGGGUUGGAAGAUGUGCUCAAGCUAAGCAAUGGAAAACUACCCAAGGAAGGUGGCCUAAGAAAUCAGCCGAAUUUUUACUUCAAUUACUUAAAAAUGCUGAAUCUAACGCUGAUUACAGUGGGUUGGACAUUGAUCGUUUGGUAAUUGAUCAUAUUCAAGUAAAUCGUGCCCCAUGUUUACGUCGUAGGACGUAUAGAGCUCACGGAAGGAUUAAUCCUUAUAUGAGUUCACCAUGUCAUAUUGAAGUAUUUUUAACUGAAAAGGAAGAAGUAAUUGCUAAACCGACUCAUGAAGAACCUACUAAAAAGAAAAUUUCUAAAAAGAAAUUAGCAAGACAGAAAGAAAAAAUGAUGAGGGAAUAACAGAAACAACUUUGUAUUUCUUUAUUAUUUGGUUAU